AUGGUCUUCGGCUACAACACAGUCAUCACCUUGGCAUUAUGUUCCAGUUCGCCCUACCCCGCGGCCACGGAAUUUCUCAACGAUAUAGUCGGCAUUGUCUUCAUCGGCAGCCCGCAUCGAGGCAGCUGGACUGCGAAUGUCGGGGAGAUCUCGCGGAAAUUGGCUAGUUUCGUCCUUAUGGAUACUAAUGCGCGGAUUCUUCGCAGUCUAUGCCUCAAGAAUUCUGACCUGGAGCGAUGCCAGGAUGCUUUCUCUGCACUCUGGCUCAAGUACAACUUUCGUGUCAAGACAUUUUAG